GUCUCUAGUUCCCUGUACAUACUGACAUGUAUCGUAUUCUAACCCGGUUACAUCAUUAUUGGAGUAAAUCUGAAAUUCUGAAAGCUGGUGUUUACAUUACAAUCGGUUCAACGAUUACAGCACAUUAUCUUAUUCAAGAAAAAAAGUUUCCAAACUAUUCCUUAUUUCCACAGUCUGUAAAUGCAGCUGAAAUACUUUAUCCUCCUGUUGUGGACAUUCCAAACUCUGUAAUAAAUAAUGAAGCUGUUCAUACAUUGGGUGUACCAGUACCAAGUCAUUUACGUAUUUUUGAAGGUUAUAUCUGUGCAUAUGAUCGUCGUAAUCGAAUACCUUACUGGGUUGUAGAGCAUAUGAAUCCUGCUAAAUUGAAUCAAGAGGAUAUUAACAAGGCUGGAGUAGAUCGUUAUGAAUUCGAUUUUUAUGAAGACUUGGGUGAAGCUAAAAUGUUUCGUUCUACAAAUGAUGAUUAUUUACACUCUGGAUAUGAUCGUGGUCAUUUAGCUGCUGCAGGAAAUCAUCGUCUCAGUCAUACAGCUAUGAGUCAAACCUUUAUACUGAGUAAUACUGCACCUCAGGUUGGUCGUGGUUUCAAUCGACAUGGUUGGAAUAGUUUAGAAAAGUAUAUACGUGCAAUUGCCAGGAAAUCACACAAUACAGUUGUAAUUACUGGACCAUUAUUUCUUCCACAAAACAUAAACGGGAAAAAGAUUGUCACUUAUGAAGUAAUCGGUGAAAAUAAUGUUGCAGUACCUACACAUUUUUUCAAAGUAGUCGCUAUUCAAGAAAAACCAAAUGGUCAAUGGCGUAAAGUUGCUUGGGUGAUGCCUAAUAUUACUUUACCAGAAAAAAUCCGUUUAGAUGGUUUCAGAGUCCCCGUGGAAAGUGUAGAAAGUGCUUCAGGUUGGAAAUUUUUCCCUAAACUAAUGAACUAAACAGAUUUCUUUUUCCCUUAUUUUGUUUUGUUUUCUUUUGUUAGUAGUAUCAACUGAUGUUGUGUGUUUAUUUUAUCCCUCUGUUAUAAUAUUUUGUUUAUUUAUGUAAUAUUUGUUUUUAGAAAUGUUUGUAAUUAAUUAUCUUAUUUUUCUAAAAUAGUUUUGUAUUAAAAUCCCAUUAUCCCUACCUAAAUAGAUUUCUUCAUAUAAUGAGUGUCUUUUUUUGACAAAGUGUUAUUGAUUCAUUAUAACAAGGGUUUUUUGUAUUUCCCAAUGAAUGAAAAACAAAACGAUAUUGCUGCUUUUUUUAAUGACGUUUCUCU